AUGUCGCUCCCCACACAGAUUCCGCAAACGCAAAAAGCAUGGCGCGUCGUUGCACAGGGACCUCCCAGCAAGGCACUCAGACUUGACAAGGAGUUACCUGUACCAACACAGCUUGACAAAGGAAAUGUUCUCGUCAAAGUGCAAGCAGCAGCGUUGAACCCUGUAGGGUACAAACUCAUGAAAUUGUUGCCCAACUUUGUAUCAGGAAGACCGUUUAUUGCAGAGCAGGACUUUUCUGGCAUAGUCGUCGAUGCCAACGGAACGAACUUUGCCAACGGCGACGAAGUAUUCGGCUGGAUCCCUGUUGAUUUGAAUCGGAAGACGAAAUACGGAGCCUUGUCAGAGUACACCGUUGCACCUGCUGGCAAUCUUGCCAUUCGUCCUCCUAAUAUCUCGGCCACGCAAGCAUCGGGAAUAAGCCUUGCUGGGAUGACAGCCUAUCAAGCUCUAUUUCAAUCUGCACAGCUUGAGGAGGGACAGUCGCUAUUUGUGAACGGAGGGAGCACAACUGUAGGGUCAUAUGCUAUACAAUUCGCCAAGGCUACAGGCGUCAAGGUCGUCGCCAGCGCGUCCGAAAAAAACAAAGAUUUUGUCCUUGGCCUCGGUGCUGACGAGUUCGUUGAUUACACGAAGCAAGACCUCGCUACUUUCUUCUCUCAAAACCCACCAUCUCCAAAAUUCAAUGUCAUCUUAGAUGCCGUUGGCCUUGCAGAUGGCUCUCUCUAUGCCAAGAGCGAGAAGUACCUCGCUCCAGGCGGCGUUUUUGUUUCCGUCGGACCCACACCUACGGGAUGGUCAUCCACUCUCCAGCUUCUCAAGCUCAUCACCGACUUGGUUCGGCCGACAUGGUUGGGAGGCGUAAGAAGAAAAUGGACAAUGGUUAUGGUGUCCCACAAGGAUGAGGAUCUAGAAGCUAUGAGAAAACUGAUUGCCGAUGGCAAAGUAAAGCCGGUCGUCGACUCUGUGCAUGCCUUCGAUGACGCUAUCAAUGCGUACGAUAGGAUUACAUCAAUGCGUGCGACUGGAAAAGUUGUGGUCAAGGUUGAUCCUAGGGCAGAAUGA